GUGAGUGGAGAGAAGUCGAGGUGUGAGCAUCUACGUCGCUCUGCACUGUGUUCUGUGUACUGUGAACUGUGUGAUAUUGUAGUGAAUGUGUGACAGAUGUAGUUCGUCAGUGAACAUUGACAGUGUGGCAGACUGAGAAUAGUGACGUUUGUUGAGAAUCUACGUGUUAACUUGCCUAGCUGGAACUCGUUUGACCGUAGCCGACCGUGGUAUUUCGCAGUUCCUAGUUUUAUGUCCUCGCCGAUCGCCAAUUGGUUUUUUCAAUCGCACGCCCGGAAACUCGAACGCCAGGAAUUGCUGAUGGUACGCGUCGCAGAAAUAAUCGCCCGCAGAAAAUGACGGGACUGUAGAGAUGGAUUGACCUUUGUACUAUGUUUGUGCCUUUAGUGUUUUGCAGUCAUGAUUAGCGGAUAUUUGGGAUUACACCUACCAUGUCACAUAGAGAUUCGUUCAAGGUGUUGUUUUGGGAGGUGAUUCUGGCUGCCACCCAUGGCCUCGCUGGACAAUUUGUCCUUGCAACCUUCUCUCUCUAAUACCCAGUCUGAUGUGGAGCCAGAGGGGACGUCAGAGUUACCGGCGGCCAGCCAAGCUGUGUUCCUGGAGAAGGUGCGGCAGAGCAACGCGGCGUGCCAGGCUGGAGACUACGCCAAGGCAGUCGCUCUGUACUCCGACGCCCUCCAGUUGGACCCGACCAAUCACAUCCUCUACUCCAACAGGUCUGCCGCCCUUGUCAAGAUGGGGCAGUUCACUCAAGCGCUCCAGGAUGCCACCAGGGCGAGGGAGCUCAACCCAAAGUGGCCAAAGGCAUACUACAGGCAAGGCGUAGCCCUGCAAUGCCUCGGACGCCACGGAGAUGCCCUCGCAGCUUUCAGCUCCGGACUUGCUCAGGAACCAAAGUCAACCCAGCUUCUGGCUGGACUGGUAGAGGCUUCUAUGAAGUCUCCUCUUAGAGCAAGUCUGGAGCCGACAUUUCACCAACUAGAGGUAAUGAAGCUGGAUAAGUCUCCCUUUGUGAUAAUCUCCGUGGUGGGCCAAGAGUUGCUGGGAGCAGGACAGUAUGCUGCGGCCGUCGUGGUGUUGGAGUCAGCGCUGCGGAUAGGAACAUGUAGCCUCAAACUGCGGGGCUCUGUGUUCUCUGCUCUAUCAUCUGCAUAUUGGGCACUCAACAAACUGGAUAAGGCUAUCAGCUACAUGCAGCAGGACCUGACAGUAGCUAAGUCAUUGGGAGACAUCGCUGGGGAGUGUAGAGCUCACGGCAACCUAGGAUCAGCGUACUUCAGUAACGGGAGCUUCAAAGAGGCUCUGACAGCUCACAGAUAUCAACUAGUCCUGGCCAUGAAGUGCAAAGACACCCAAGCAGCAGCCUCCGCACUCACUAGUCUUGGCCACGUGUACACUGCAAUAGGAGACUAUCCCAAUGCUCUAGCCUCCCACAAGCAAUGUGUACAACUGGUGAAACAAAUGGGUGAUAAACUACAAGAAGCUCGGGAGAUUGGCAACGUCGGGGCUGUAUACUUGGCUAUGGGAGAAUUUGAAAGUGCUGUUGACUGUCACACUCAGCAUUUAAGAUUGGCAAGACGUCUUGGAAACCAAGUGGAAGAGGCCAGGGCUUACAGUAACCUAGGAUCUUCACACCACUAUCGCAGAAACUUUGCUCAAGCCAUUGUCUACCAUGAGAAUGUUCUAAGGAUAGCACAAGAGCUAGGGGACCGUGCUGUAGAGGCUCGAGCGUUUGCUGGUCUAGGACAUGCUGCCAGAUGUGCUGGCGACUACAAUCAGGCCAAAAGGUGGCAUGAGAGGCAGCUUGAUAUGGCCCUGAGUUCGCGAGAUCGUGUUGGAGAGGGUAGAGCCUGUUCUAACCUUGGUAUCGUUUACCAACUGUUGGGUGAACACGACGCCGCACUCAAACUACAUCAAGCACAUCUCAGUAUAGCACGACAACUAGGCGAUCGCGCAGGCAUGGGACGAGCUUAUGGCAACAUUGGAAAUGCCUACAGUGCCAUGGGCUAUUACGAACAGGCCAUUAAAUACCACAAGCAAGAAUUGACGAUAUCAAAAGAGGUAAAGGACCGAAGUUCAGAGGCUUCGACACAUGGAAAUCUCGCUGUUGCCUACCAAGCCCUUGGCGCUCAUGAGAUGGCCCUGCUGCACUACCGCGCUCAUCUCAACAUCGCGCGCGAGCUGAAAGACACUGCUGGCGAGGCUUGUGCCCUCCUCAACCUUGGCAACUGUCUCAGCUCAAGGGCAGAGUUUGCACAAGCUGUGCCAUACUAUGAGAACUACCUCAUGUUAUCCCAGGAACUCCAUGAUGUGGAGGGAGAAGCUAAGGCUUGUCAUUUUUUGGGGUAUGCCCAUUAUUGCCUGGGAAACUUCCGGGAGGCAGUACGCUACUACGACCAGGACCUGGCUCUAGCCAAGGACCUGCAGGACAAGAUGAACAUGGGCCGAGCGUACUGCAACUUGGGAUUGGCCCACCUUGCCUUGGGGAACCUAGAGACUGCCCUAGAGUGCCAGAAAUACUUUCUAGCUAUAGCUCACAUGACGAAACACCUACCUGGGAAGUUUAGGGCCCUCGGCAACAUUGGAGAUGUCCUCAUCAAGAUGGGGGAUGUGGAGGAAGCUCUCAAGAUGUACCAGAGGCAACUUUCGUUUGCCAGACAAGGCCGAGACAGAGGUCUGGAGGCUACUGCGUACGGAGCUCUAGGCCUCGGCAACCGCUUGCUCAGAUGUUUCGACAAAGCAUUAGGUUACCACACACAGGAGUUGACUGUGAGGCAAGAAAUGGGAGACCUCAAGGGAGAAUGUCGUGCUCACGGUCACCUAGGAGCUGUCCACAUGUCUCUAGGAAACUACACUAACGCCAUUAAAUGUUACCAAGAACAACUAGAAAGAGCCAAAGAAUUACGUGAGAGCGCUGUAGAAGCCCAGGCCUUUGGAAAUCUGGGGAUUGCUCGGCUCAAUAUGGGCCAUUACGAGGAUGCCAUUGGCUACUUGGAGCAACAACUUGCAACUUUAGAGCAACUAUCCUCUCCUACUGCCCUCAUGGACAAGGGUCGAGCUUUUGGGAAUUUGGGAGAUUGUUACGAUGCACUGGGAGAUUUAGAGGAAGCAGUGAAGUGCCAUGAACAACACUUAGCUAUAGGACUGAAACUGAAAAGCUCACGAGACCUGGAACGAGCUUAUCGGGGUUUGGGUCACUCCCACAAAAGACUGGGGAACUUACAACAGGCACUCGUCUGCUUUGAGAAGAGGCUAGUAGUCGCACAUGAGCUCAACAACCCAGAGGCUAAAGCUAGCGCUUACGGAGAACUUGGACACAUCCACACAACUCUUGGCAACUACGAACAAGCCAUCUCAUGCUUGGAACAUCAGCUCACAAUAGCUCGAGAGCUGAAAGACAAAGUAGCAGAGGCAGAUGCAGCAUGUGGGCUUGGCCAGGUGUACCAGCAGAUGGGAGAGUACUCUACAGCUCUGAGGUAUCAUCAAGCCGACCUGGACAUUGCCGAGGAACUAAACCUUGCAGCCCUGCAGGGUAGAGCUUGUGGUAACCUUGGAAGUGUUCACGAGUCACUCGGCAACCUGGACGAGGCUGUGCGUUACCAAGAGCAACAUCUCUCAGUUGCAGCUCAGACCAACGACAAGCUCGCCAAGACCGUUGCGUUUAGUAGCUUAGGGCGUAUUCACCAUGCAUUGGGCAACACUAGUCAAGCAGUGGCAUACCUGCAGCAAGGUCUGCAGAUUGCUGAGAUGUUGGGGCGCCGGGAGGAAGAGGCGAGGAUCCGCCACCGCCUGGGGCUGGCGCUGUGGGGCAACGGACAACUAGAGCAGGCGCAAGCUCAGCUGGAACAGGCAGCUCACCUGCUAGAGUCCAUCAGACGAGAGACCAGGGGCUCUAGCGAUUACAAACUAUCCCUCUUUGACCUCCAGACCGCAUCCUAUCAGGCGUUACAACAUGUGCUAGUGGGACUUGGAAGAAGGGACGAGGCGUUGUUAGUGGCUGAGAGGGGCCGAACCAGAGCUUUUGUAGACUUGUUGUUGGAACGUCAGGGCUUCGUUGAGCCAAACAGCAACUGCAAUCAACUGCGCUACGAUGCGACACCAACCUCCGUCGACCAACUAGUCGAUAUAGUCAACCGACAACGGGCCUGCGUUCUGUACUACAGUCUGGCUGCUGGCUUCCUUUACUCUUGGUUUAUUGUUCCUGGAAAAGGUAUUGUAAGGUUCCACGAGGUAGCCGUUAGUGAGACUGAUCGUGAGGGAGAGGACAACAGGGGUGGAGAAGAGAUGCUUACGACGAGCGGCUCAUUGGUGGAACAUUACGUACAGAGUGUCAGAGAUUGCUUCGGUGUUCAGUCUCAUUCUGUAUUAUUUAUAGAAAUUUAUAUUAUACCUCAUGGCAAAGGUUGUUCUGGAAGAAGAGAGUUACUCUUGGUUUUGGAGGGUGAUCUUUACUUAGUUCCUUUCCCAGUUUUGAAACCUCCUCCAACAAAUGAAAAUGCAACAACGGAGUACCUGAGUGAGAGGUUUAGUCUGUUAGUUGUUCCUUCUCUUACAUCUCUGCGAGCCAACCAGAAGUCUCGCAGCUCUGCCAACGGGAAAAGCCCUGAGCAAGGUAACAUGACUGCUCUUGUGGUGGGGAACCCUAGACUACCCUCCACAGUGACAGAACAGUGGGGUUGGAGUGACAUCCCCCACGCGGAACAAGAAGCAGCUAUGGUGGCAGAGAUGCUGCAAGCUAAAGCUCUUGUCGGCUCUCAGGCUAGCAAGGAGUCAGUUCUUCGUCAGAUUGGUGAGGCGGAGUGUGUACACUUAGCAACCCACGUCUCCUGGAAACUAUCGGCCAUCGUACUGUCUCCCGGAGAAGUGGUAGACUCCCAGCAUUCCAAGACUCGACCCUUCUUCCAAGGUCAAGGAGAGCACACUGCUGUUGAAGAAGACUGUUCAGAAGCAUCAUCGACUCUGGAGAUGCCCUCAUUAUCAGAGUUCCUACUUACGGCAUCAGAGUUGCUGACCCUGAGACUCAGCGCUAGACUGGUAGUGGUGAGCUGGUCUCACUCGUGCGAUGGCUGGGCCACGGCUGAUGGAGUGGUUGGUCUGUCUCGAGCAUUACUAGCGUCAGGUGCUCAGUGUGUGCUCGUCUCCCUGUGGCCCGUACCUGACACAGCUGCUAAGAUACUGCUGCGAGCAUUCUACUCAGCUCUGCUUCAGGGAUCACGUGUGAGUCGAGCGUUGGGUGAGGCAAUGCAGACUGUUCAACACACCAAACACUUUGCCCAUCCUGCCAACUGGGCUGGCUUCCUGUUGGUUGGGUCCGACGUGAGGUUGUCCAACAAAGUAGCCCUCAUGGGACAAGCUCUCAGUGAACUUCUGAAAACUCCCGACCGCUGCAGAGAUGCUCUGAGAGUCACUUUACACCUGGUUGAAAAGUCAUUGCAAAGAAUACACAGAGGUCAAAAGAAUGCCAUGUAUACCACCCAGAAGAGCAUAGAAAAUAAGGUCGGACAUGUGAAUGGCUGGAAGGAGCUUCUGCAGUCUGUAGGGUUCAGGUUUGAGCCGGCAGCCAACGGAAUACCUUCCUCCGUCUUCUUCCCCCAGAGUGACCCGGAGGAGCGACUGACUCAAUGUAGUGCUAGCCUUCAGGCUCUCUUAGGUUUAACAAGUACAACGUUAGCUGCUUUGUCGAAGCUGAUGAGCAAUAUAGAAGUAGCAGACGACAUUAUUGCUGUUAUCCGCGUUGUCAUUGGUCAAUUCACAAUGAAGAAUGUGGAAACGGAGAGCAUUGAGAUCCCUAUAAGUGUAAAACUGUGGAGGGUUCCAGGAGUUCAUGAGUUGCUGGCUUCAUUAGGAUUUGAUCUGAUGGAGGUUGGGCAGGAUGAAGUGACUUUGAGGACGGGCAAACAAGCAAACAGACGCAGCAUUCAGUUUGUUCUACAAGCUCUACUUGCACUGUUCGAUACACAAGAAGCACCAAAGAGUUUGAGCUUGGCAUCAUCGAGCUCAAUGGAGAGUCUUGCGUCCUUGGAUGAAGAGGCCGAGACAGGUACCCUCCCCCCACCACCUCUACCUCGAGGACCUCUCGUACCAGGGCUGAGGGCGUCGGGGACCCCAGGGGCAUUCACCAGCUAUGUACGGAGGAGAGGUGAACCUGACGGCCGCACAGCCUGCGCUGCAGAGACUAACACUGUCAUUAACAAGGUUGUAAGCAGACCGGGAGGAGGAGGCGAGAGUGACGCAGCUUUCACACCUUCUCCACCCGUCGGCAUCGCAGGAGACCAGAGUCUUACACUGACUUUGGCCCAUCAGACCAGGAUCAGGAGUCUGUACAGUAGUGUGCAGGAUGUUUCCCCUGUGGUCAGUGACGGCAACACUCAGGGUCAUCAACAUCAGCGCAGGCCUGACUCCUCCAGCUCAGCCAGUUCCGCCACAGACUGGGAAGGUAACGGACACGCGACGGUGCUGAGGAGAGCUGCUGCAGUGCCUCAUCCCCUGCCUCCACUACCUCCGCCGUUGGGCCGCAAGCCUCCGCCUCCACCAGGUCUCUAUGAAGAGCCGAGUCACAGCUCCGACUCAGACUUCGGCCACCAGCCAAGUCGCAGCGCUCUGGACAGACUCAGUGUGCGUAGCGGACUACUCAAUCUGUCUGGAGCUGGCUCUCGUAAACCCUUGCUCUCUCUCACCCCUGCUGAAGAAGCAGGUUUAUUCUCCGAGGACCAAGUCACAUCACCCAGAAUGUUAUAUUUUGCCCCUCAACUUGGAGAAGUACAAGGAACUGAGAGGGAAGACCCAGGUCAACCAGGCCCCUCGCAAGCUGGCAUUCAGGACCAGAUCCUAGCAACUCAACUGAGAAGACUCAACAGAGAGGCGACACCAACAAUAUCCGAGGUUUACCACGAACGCAACAUCGGACUAGGACUUGCCCCUCCACUCUCCAAACUGUUAGACGGGGAGCAUGAUAAUCUGCUUAGUGAAGUCUCUGAAAACAAGGAGAAGAGCAAACCAUGGCUGUCGACGGCAGCUCUGCAGAGAUUCUACUCUGACAGUGGGGAGGUUGACACCAAGCAGAGGAGUUGUUCUCCUUGUAGUGAGCUAAGCAGACGAGACGAGGGGGACGGUCGCUCCAUCGCUGACUCUCAGUGUAGCGCUGGGAGCUACAAACGAGGAUCCACCCUACGACCUCCACGCACCUACGAUCAGGAGUCUAGAGUCCUGGGGUUCAUAGAGGACUCAGGGGAGGAACCUGCUCAGCCUGUACCUAGAGUGAGAGCUCUACAUCCUCCUCCUCCACCCAUCCCUACCUCUCGCACCACCUCCAAGCUCCAUCCCCCUACGGAGUGUUAGUGAUCCUCGAGUUUAGGUCUAUGAAGAUGUUUAGUGCAAAUUGUGAUUAUGGACUCAUAAGUCAGGUUUCUCCAAGCUCCAUCCCCCUACGGAGUGUUAGUGAUCCUCAACUUUAGGUCAAUGAAGAUGUUUAGUGCAAAUUGUGAUUAUGGACUCAUAAGUCAGGUUUCUCCAAGCUCCAUCCCCCUACGGAGUGUUAGUGAUCCUCAACUUUAGGUCAAUGAAGAUGUUUAGUGCAAAUUGUGAUUAUGGACUCAUAAGUCAGGUUUCUCCAAGCUCCAUCAACCAUAUAGUGUUAAUAACUACACUUCAGGCCAAUGAAGAUGUUUAGUGCAAAUUGUGAAGUUUUGGGUGUUCUAAUAAAAGCCCAAUCUGGUUGGCAAUAAUUUAUUUUUCAUACAUGUGAUGUAUAUACACAAAAAAUCAUCACUAAAUUAAACAAAUUGCAUACCUAAACGCCUCGUCUGAAAAUGUAUAAACUAUUUGUUACUGUAAAAAUGUACAAAUCACCACUACAUUAUUUUGGUCAAAAUAAUAAAUUAGUAAUUGAUGGUUCUAUUAAAAAUGCCUCAUCAGAAUUAUAGUAGAAGUUCAUUAAAUUUACAAAAUCAUCCAAUGUUAAGGACCCUAAUACUCACUGAAGGUAAAAUAUUAUACUUUUAACCUUCAAUUAUUGUUUAUUAUGUGCAGUUUUAUUGAUUAUCGCAGCUUUUUUAACUACAAUAUAAUUUUAAUUUUGUUGAUUUGAAUUUAUGGUUAAAGUGGGAGCCCUACCUAAUGGAGACUUGUAAGGUGGUCUUAAGACAUACAAGUGUGUUUAUGUGUAAUAUUUUUGUACCUAGUGCUCUAUCCUUGCACAAAAUCAAAGAUUUAGUGUAGUAGAGUAUUCCAUAGUUUAUUAUAGUAAAAAUUGUAUAUUUUAUACUACGAAAGGAUGUGAAAGGACAAAUAUAUAUAAAUGUAUUCGUGCUAUAUUGUGUAUACAUAUACUUUCAUUACAUCAAAAUAGUGUUAUAAACCCUUAAUGUUUUGAUAUUAUCGAAGGAGCAUUAUCUUUCAUAUUGUAUAGUAACACAAUCAGGCUCGAUAUAGCUUGGUUAUAUAUAUAUUUACAUAUAUGCUUGUUAUAUAGUAUAAAUAUCUAUAUAAUUUGGAUUUUUGUGUAGUAGUUGUAAAUAUCUUUAUUUAUCAUGUAUACCAUUUUUGGUUGGACUUGUAAAUAGCCCCUUACCAAUCCACAGGAAGUCUGAGUGAACCAAUGCAGUAUUACAUAACCAUUUAUGUGAUUGUACAAUAUGGUAAAAAUUACAAAAUCUAUGAAUAUUUAAGUGUAUACGUAGGAAAAUUAAAUAUCAUUGUAUAUUUACAUCUGUAAAAAUAAA